UUUAUUAUUUGCGAUAAGCUUAUUUAAAAUUUAUAAAUACGAUAAGUACUUGCAAUUACGUUCGACACAUUUUGGCAUUUCUAACGCUUUUCACUUAUAUCUAGUCUUAUAAUUCAUGUCAUUAAUUAUAUGUAUUUGACAGGUAACUUUUGCAUAUAGGUUAUUUAUAUAGAAUUAAUGUGUAACAUGUCUCAAGUUCUCCUUCGUCUUAUACAUAAAAGGAAGAACAUAAUUAUUUAGGCAAUCCAAUUUAAAAUAGUUUUACAUAUAUUCAGAGGCACUUUCAAAAAUUUGAAUAUUAAUUUUGAAUCCUGAAUAUUAAAGUUAAGCAUAAAGUGUGCGAUAUGAUAUAACCAAUGAAAUAAUAUAACAAAUAGAAAAUUAUAUCUAAAGAGGUAUUACGGAUUGGCGUGAGUUAAAUAUCGUGAUAUGCAGAAUGUUAAUUUAAAUAAAUGUUCUACUAAUGUAGAAAAACAAGUUUCCUAUGACACUGCAGAAUACAACAUAGUCGAUCAUGAAAUAAUAACUUCACCGCAAGUACGUUAGUAAUGUUAGUAUUUUACUCGAUUAGCAUUAAUUAAUUAUUUACAAAUUAUGAGACAACCUCAAAUGUCUACUCACUCAUAAUAUAAAACAUAUAAAUGAAUAACUUGCCAAAAAAUUAUUUUGUACUUUUCAAAUAUUUACUACUGUGUUAAAUAUACUUCCUGCAUAUUAUUACUUUUUAUAACUUUGACAUUGUCAAUAAUUGUGAUUUUUAAUCGUAUGUAUCCAGAUAGCAAAAUUGAAUGAAGCUAUAUCAAACUUAAAAAAUGCUCUAAGGAUAAGAGAUGUACAACUAGAAAAUUCGCAUCGAGAGAAGAGUAGAUUACUGGCAGAGUUAAAGAAACAACAAAGAUGCAAUAGAAAUCUUAAACAACAGUUAGAUGGCGAGAGAGAUUUCCACCAAAGGGAGAAAGAUCAUUUCAUUGAAGAAAUGCAACGGUACAGAGGCAGGCAUACCAGCAACACGUCAAAGUUUCAGCAACAACGGCAUAAGGAGCUCGAAGAAGCCCAAGAUUCCUUGGAAAGAGAAAACAAGCAGCUCAGAGUGGAGUUGUCAGAUAAAAACGAAGUUACAUAUAAUUUAUGUGUGAAGUUCCUUCGUAUGAAGCAUGCCAAAGACACAUUAAGAUAUAAAUUGGAUCAGUUGCUGCACGAGCAUUUGCUAGUGAUGGCGGAGAUGAUGGAGAAAUUAGACGAGGCGAGAAAGGAACUUAAUUUAAUUGUGUCAGAAAAAUUUCAGGAACCGUUGCCCCUUAAUAAAGCUAAAUUUUUACAAGUUGUACAAAGAAAUAACAGAUUGACGUAUGAAAAUGCAACAUUAAAGGUACAGGUUCAUCAACUUACGCAGAACAUAGAGAAAUUGAAAAGUCACAUGCAAAGGCCGAAAAAGAUUAAUGUAGACGCUAAAAUUAUUGAGAAAUUAGCAGCGCAAAGCAGUACAAGAUCAACUCUAGAUAAAGCAGAAAAAGUCGCUUUGCUUUCUAAGCUAUCUCAACCUGUUGAUCAUACUGAAUAUGCAGAGACGAUCUCGCGAGUGAAUUCUGAGAGCCCAGACGACUGUGUGUUUAAUGAUGCCAAAGGUGUUAAAAGCAUAGAUGAUAAACAUUCUAAAGAAUUUCACGCAGAACGCGCUCAAAGUGCGCCAGGAAUUGUAGAAACGUCAGUUUCUCGAUGGAAUAGAAAUAGAUAAUUCUUCGAAAUAGACAACAUGUGUGCUUGUAUAAAUAUAUUCAUAUUUCUUUCGCGCAUCUUCAAUAAUCUAUUGAAUCGACGCGCAAGAGAUACGUUGCAAUAAAAUCGCCUCCGCUUGUUAAGGAUCGCCAAUAUCAAACAUUUCUUUAUAUAAUGUCGAAAGACAAGGAAACAAGCCCCAAUUUAAACCAAAACAUUUAAUAUAAUUAAAGUGAUUAAUAUACCAAAUGAUUAAAAUAUUGUUAUUGCAUACUUUCGUAUGGUAUUGAAAUCCGCCUUUAUCAUCUUUGUUUCCUUGUCUUUUGAUUACACGUUUUGAAGCCUGAUAUAUGUUUUUAUUUUUCAUAUCUUCCAUUAAUGUCACGCAUUGAUGCGAGAUUCAUCUACGGGACGAGAAUCUUAUUCUUAUAUCAGCAAUGUCGAACAUUAAUAGGUCGAUUGAAAUCUAAACAUUUUAAGAUUUUUCUUCUGCUUUUCUUCUUCUUCACCGGAUCGUCAUCCUCGCUUUUCUGUAUACCAAGGCUGGGUUCCACUUAUUAAGUGGAACGCACCCCAAGCGGCGCCGA